AUGGCUGAGAAAUACAUCCUCCGUGUCACUGCCGGUCCAGGCUACGACCUGGACUCUCAGGUAGAAGUCCCUGUCAACCAGUCCCAUCCCACAAAGAUCACCAGCGCCCUCGCCGACGUGGAACUCAACGUCCGGAUACAAAACUACGCCGGCCUCCCUCGCAACUCGCCCUCUACCUCACCCUACUUCUCCACGGAACCCCACGCCACCAACAACGACCAGUACAGCAUCUCCUUUCGCUUCACUCCCAAAAAGCCCGCGGACGCCUCCUCGGCAGACGGCAUAUCGGCCGAGGACCUGCAGUUCGGCAAUGACUUUGACCACCCCAUCCGUGAUCGCCUUCCGCCGGGCUUCAACACGGCGCUAAACAUCGUGAAGUGGUGGAUCGAUCCCGGCUUGGACGGCGACGCCUAUGCCGACGUCCCGCAUCUCUACGGCCCCGCGCUGAGCUCCUUCAACAUCAUUCAAGUGGGUCCCGGCGCCCACGAUGAAGAGAAGGGCGGUCUGUGGUUCGAGGAGGGGGGUGACGAGGCUGGUCUCGAAGCGAGAGAGAAGGUCGGCGCGCCGGCCACAGCCAAGGAGCGCAUGAAGUGGGCGCUCCGCAAGGACAGCAAGGAUAAAUGGCUGUUCGAGUACGGCAAGACGUACGGCUUGGACUUCUUCAACCCCUAUCUCGACUUUGCCAACCUGGCGUUGCGCUUGCCUGGCUUCCAGCUCGCCAUCAUGAAGUACUGGGACGGGCAAGGCCUUCGAUACGUUCUGCGGAACAAGACCACUGGCGACGUCUACCUCGUCGUCCUCUUCACGAUCCACCUCAAAAGUGAUGUGAACGAAGACGGCACACUCAAGGCCGGUGCCGAGGGAAUCAAGGCUGGUGAUCUGCCGCCGCCUACCAAGGACGACGUCGAGUCCCACGACGAGGCCAAGGCUCUUGAGGAGGCUAGGAAGAAGAUGGGUCCUGCUGCACAUGAGGCGGAGACCAAUGCCGACGACGUGGACUGA